AUGGUCCAUAUAUUCUCCGUUUCUUUGCUCGCCAUGUUGGCAGGUCUUGCUUCUGCAAGUUCUCCUCCAACACAAGAAGUUAUGAACCAGCCGGUGCACACAAUGGAGAGUUGGUCAUGGUCCGAUUGUGGCUCCCCAGCACACGUUGUUCAGUUGAAAUCAAUAAGCCUCUCUCCCGACCCACCCAAGCCGGGCCAAGACUUGACUGUCACAGUCGUGGGGACUGCUCAACAACGAAUUGAGAAUGGAGCCUAUGCCGACGUUGUUGUAAAACUCGGACUCAUCAAACUUCUCUCGAAGACUUUUGAUGUUUGUGACGAAGCACGCAACGCAAAUGCAACUAUCCAGUGUCCAGUCGAAGAGGGUGAUUACACUGUAGUCGAAACGGUUGCAUUGCCAAAGGAGAUUCCUCAGGCCAAAUUCACUGUCGCUGUGAGAGGUUACACUGCAGACGAGGACGACAUGUUGUGCUUGGAUCUUCAAGUCAAUUUCAUGAAGAGCCCAUUCCCAAGAUUCGGGUGGUAG